AUGGGUAAGUCAAGCAAAGGUUCAAUACCGUACCACUCGCCUCCCACCCAAGUCAUCCCUGGCCUUCCCGAGGACCCAGCCGCAAGGAUGAAACCUCGUAGAUCCUGGGCAGAGAAACUUAAGAUCAUCCUUGUGUUCAUACUCUUGUCACGGGACGUCGCCUCCGUCGAUUUGAUCCCCUAUUUCCGCGUGCAUCCUGGGCAAAGAUACGCGAAUGUGACGUCAGAAUCUCAGGAGCCCAGUCUCGGAUCUUGCACCGUAAAUUGUGUGCUGCAGGAACCGAGUGCCUGCCCCGCCUUCAACUAUCGGGAGACAGAUGGUUCGUGCCAAUUGAUUCUCAACGGGAAGAGCAAGCUGGUUGAAGCCAAUGGAUACCUGUCCUACGUCCAGAAGUAUCCGAUGAUCGAGAACGCGAAGGUGUCCUUCGAGGGAUGGAGCGGAGAAUAUCCAGCAGAAGCAGGAGUGAUCGUCAUUUUCCGUUGUGAACAUCCGAAAGGGUUCUCGGAUGGAGCUCGUCUCCACACGGCUGAAUGCGCUCCCUGUAUGCCAGAUUCGUGGCGUAUCACCUUCCGGAAGAGUGCCGUGCAAUGUGAGGAAGUGCAUUUGUAUCCAGAAUGUCGUUUGACAGAAAAGGGCAAGGAAUACGUAGGAGGAAUCAGCGUGACGGAAUCGGGCAGGAAGUGCCUCUUCUGGAGAGACUAUCCCUACGGAAGACCGGAUGACUUCUCGGACAUCCCAUUAAUGAUACGUGACGACCCAAACUUCAUUGAAAGCUUAUUUUAUGACACUGAAUCGCUUUCUGAACCUCCCGGAAUGCCGACAAACGACGCAUUAUAUGAGGGCCACUUCCUUAAUCGAGACUCCUUGUCUCACCGCAACUACUGCCGGAAUCCAUCCGGGAGGGAGAGACCCUGGUGCUUCGUUUCCGAUUCUGAAAUCCAGUGGGAAUACUGCAACGUCCCUUUAUGCACUGACCCAGAAGAUCGCGUGGGGACAAUUGAAUCUGGUUUAAGGCGGUUGGAGACCUCUUCGGAUUGGCCCGACCCGACCCAACCCGCAGUUCUGCAACGAGAGCAGGCCUAUCGGGCAUGGAGUUUAAAAGAGAAAGUAGCCCGUGUAGGUCUCGACGUAGCGAGCACCACUGCAUUGGGUGUCUCUGGAGCCCGUCAAACAAUCAAUCUCUCCCCUGUCGUGACAGUGCCAGAUCAGCCAGAUCAAGACCAACACAAGAGCAUCUUGUUGGAUCGUGGAUUUUCCAAUGCUGAGCCUUCUCGUGGAACCCCCUCGUUAGAAGGCAUUGUGGAGAGGGAAUCAGUCGCACCGGAGUGCAAAGUGACUCGAUGGGGAGGGGAAUACAUGGGCACGAGGAACGUGACAAUCCAUGGAAUGCCCUGCCUGCCUUGGAGAAACCAAGAAGAUAUUGCAAAUCUCCUUCUGGCUUUCCCUGAUCCCGAUCGCGUUGACGAAGAUCACAACUUCUGCAGAAACCCAAAUACGGAAAAGGGGGGUUUCAUAUAUAACCUUAAUCCAAACCUUGGUCCUUGGUGCUACAUGGAUUUUGGGGAAAGAGAUCCGGUUGGGAUCACGUGGGCUUUCUGCGACAUCCCGUUCUGCGACCUAUCAACAAUGGAGUUAACAGUGGUAGCGGAAAUACCUGAAGGCAGGACGGGAAUAUAUCCAGAAUGCCGACUGUCAGAAAAGGGGAGGGAAUAUGUAGGGAGCCAGAACGAGACAGAAACUGGCACGGCUUGUCUACCAUGGCAUCCUCAACCUUACAAAACCCCUUGGGAUUUUUACCCCAGAGGGUUUCGGUACGAACUACAUUUCAUGGAACCUUUCAGGCGGCCGGAACUCAACAUCCGCCACAACCACUGCCGAAAUCCAGGUGUAGACAGGGAGCGACCAUGGUGCUUCGUCUCCGACAAUGACACACAGUGGGAGUACUGCGACAUCCCCUUCUGCCAAGACCUCAUUUUCAACAUCCGCCACAACCACUGCCGAAAUCCAGGUGUAGACAGGGAGCGACCAUGGUGCUUCGUCUCCGACAAUGACACACAGUGGGAGUACUGCGACAUCCCCUUCUGCCAAGACCUCAAAUAUCAAAUUGAAAGAUUCAAGAGGAAGGACGACAGCAUUCGGCUGCCGUAUCCUUCUGAAGCCUCGAAGGUCGGAAACGGAGAAGGAAGGUCCCGCAACUGCUCUACUUAG